GUCGGAUCGACAUUCAGCUUUCAGUCUCGUGUGACGUUGAAACUUGUCGCCGACUCCUAUCUUCAGCGGUUGCCAACCAGUUUAUUCCUGCGAACCGUUACAAGUAAGGGAUAUGUGAUGGGGAUUGACGGAGGGGGGAAGAGGAUGAGGAGGAGGAGGAGAAGGAUGAGGGGAGGGGGGAAGAGAGAAGGCCCUAGCUCACUCUUACUCUUGCUCUCACACUCACACUCACACUCACUCACUCUCUCUCACACACACACACACACUCUCUCUCUUUCACUUCUCCACCUCCUCCUUGGGGGCGCAAAGAGGGGAGGGGGGUGGAGAGAGAAGGAGUAGCAGGAGAAGGGAGCUCCUUGUCCCGAAAGGCAGUUAACGGUUGGC